AUGGCUGCCAUAUACGCACGAGACAACCAACUCCAUGGCCGUGGUGUCAAUCUCGCUGUCAUCUCCAUCGUCUUCACCUUCGUCGCCAUCUGCCUUGUUUGCUCCCGCCUGGCUUCGAGGUUGACCACUGGUCGCAAGCUGCACGAAGAUGACUAUGCCAUCAUUGCCUCUGUGGUCUUCUCAAUCGGUCUUGGUAUCAGCAAUGUCGUCAGCGUCGCCCACGGAGCUGGAAAGGUGUCGACCAGUCUUCCACCAGAAGACCUCCGCAUGGCCUUGCAGGCAUUCUGGGCAGCUCAGAUCCUGUACAAAUUCACGAUCACCCUGACAAAGACCUCGAUCUGUCUCCUCUACCUGCGCAUCUUCACGACCAAAAAAUUCCGCCAAACGGUGCACAUUAUCAUGGGCUAUGUGAUACUGUACUCUUUCGCAAGCAUCAUAGCAACGAUCGUACAAUGCACGCCGCUCGAGCGUAUCUGGGAUCAUGCUGUCCCUGGGACUUGCAUCAACCUCACGGCUUUCUGGUAUGCGAAUGCUUCAGCGAACAUUAUCGGCGACUUCUUGAUACUUGCCCUGCCUAUGCCCGUUGUCAGAAGCCUGCAGCUACCUCAACGACAGCGGUUGGGUCUCGUGAUGCCAGUCAGCGUUUGCAUCACAUCUAUCUUGCGGAUGACCACCCUCAAAACUGGAUCCAAAGCUAAAGACCAGAUAUACGGUACACUCAACUCGACUAUUUGGACGACCAUCGAGGCCAACACUGCAAUCAUAUGUGCCUGUCUACCAAUGCUCAAGAGUCCUCUCACUGCCCUCUUCCCACGCCUGUUCCCUCGCGGUUCCGCUGAUGAUUAUUCCAAUGGCUCGAACGCAGCCCGACGUCGAGGAGCCACUACCCAAGACCGAACUUCGCCUCCUGCUGCGUACGACGGCUGGGGUCGGCUAGAAAGCAAGAAACCAUCGCAGAGGACCAGGAUGUCUACCAUGAUAAGCACAGCUCCUGCGCGCAAAGGUUCAAGCCUGGGCUCCAGCAGCGAGGAUACUUUCCGCACCGACAGUCAGGAUGUCCCAAUGGGCAAUAUCAGCAAGACGACUCAUGUUGACGUCCAGUAUGGCAACGAGAGAAUGGAACAACCCGUGUUAAGCCCAAAGAGCAACGAGCACGCCAGAAGCAUCUCGGCAACACAUCUGGUCGGCGAGGACUUCAGCUUUCCCUGA